AUGCUGAAAAAGCUAAAACUUGGGAGAGCCUUUGGCAAAAGUGCACUUUUUAUGAAAAAUUCCUAUCUCAGAACACGCCCCAAGAUCGAAACAUUCAUCAAGUAUGCCAAAGUUGAAUUAACACCACCCACUCGGGAUGACCUUCCGGCAAUCAAAGAGCACUGCCGGAGUCUCUACUGCAGGACGCUUCGCGGAAAUUGGCGCCAUGCUACAGUUCGCGAGGUCUGGCUCAACACCCUCGUGACCACCGAGGUGAUCCUCUGGUUCUUCAUUGGCGAGUGCAUUGGCAAGCGGCAUUUUGUGGGGUACAGCGUUUGA